UAACGGUUUUUGUAUAAAUUGAACUACAACAGUCAGAACAGUGAUUGUAUUGAAGAACCUGAGUUAGCGCAUUUAUUAAACUUUUUGAAAUCAUGACACUUUCAAACGGCAUUUUGUUGGUCUUUUCAUUGAUUUUAGGAUCAUGUUUAGCAUUAAAUAACAACACUUACAGUGGAUUGUUGGCGUCAUUAUCUGAGCAUGAAAAUAUUGAUAGUAGCGAAAACAACUUUGAAAUUGACACAUCUUCUAACAUACAAAUAGAAAGAGAAGUUUUUUUUUGGUUGUACACCAGAGAGCAGAACAUGGCACAGAAAUUAAUUCCAGGUGUCUACAGCACACUAUUAGAAUCAUCAUUUAAUGCAGAAAAUCCCACUAAAAUAGUUAUUCACGGGUGGCUAGGUGAUCCAGAUAAAAUCGAAAAGGACUGCCAAAUAUUAAAAAAUGAAUAUUUGAUAUUUGGAAACUACAAUGUGAUUUGUGUGGAUUGGCGUAAAAUAUCUCAUGACAUAACUUAUGUGGGUGCAAGAAUAAGAUGCAAACAAAUUGGUUAUUACUUAGCUCAGCUUGUUGAAAUGUUGCGAGAUGUGACAUCGCAAUCUUUUGAAAAAAUUCACAUUCUUGGGUUCAGCAUGGGUGCACAUAUUGCUGGAUAUGCUGGAAAAAAACUCAAUUCUCGAAUCGGACGAAUAACUGGAUUAGAUCCAGCCAAGCCCUUAUUCUUUACUAAGUGGCCAAAUCAUAGACUCAGUGAAGAUGAUGCAAUGUUUGUAGAUGUGAUACAUUCGUCUGAUUUGUUCUUAGGACUUCUAGAAUCUAUUGGCAAUGUUGAUUUCUUUCCAAAUGGUGGACACGCUAGACAACCGGGCUGUGCUUACAACGACUACUUUAAUGGUGGAAUUUGCAGUCAUUCACAAGCAUAUAAAUAUUUUGCGAAGUCUAUACGAUCAAAAGAAAAUUUCAUUGCCACCAAGUGUCUAAAAUGGGAUAAUUUUUUGAAGUCCAAUUGCCAAAAAUACGAGGAUCAUAACUUACUUGUUUAUAUGGGCGAACAUUUAAAUACGACUGUUUCAGGAAAUUAUUAUUUGAAGAUUGAAGAAUAAUUUUUUGACGAAAAUGACGUCGAUAAAUUUAUAAAAUUAUUUCCUUAGAUUGUAUCAACUUACACACUAAAAUAAAAAAAAUAGUCAUAAAAAUAAAUAAUCUAAAAAUAUUAUGGGAAUAUUUUUAUAAUUUUUUUUUAUUUAAAUAAAAUUAUUAUAUUUUUGUAUUUCUUUAUAAUUUGUUUUCCAAUACAAAUAAAAAAUGUACAUUAAUUAUCAAAUUUAUUCAUCUAAAAAACAUAAUUUUUUAAAACUAUCAGUCAAAAAUCCCUCUUUUUCUGGUGCGACUCAAUUAUCAGACAGAGAGAAAACCGUGCUGUGUCCUAUGAUGCCAAUAUAACCCAAGGAGACCAAGUCGGAUCGUCAUUUUUUAUUUUAAUCAUUGUAAUUUAUAUGUGUGCCUUUGUUUUAUAAUUGUAAUUUGAAGUAAUGGAGACGCAUAACAUAAGACUGGAAUUAUAAAUUAUUACCGUCUCACUGUAUGUAAAAUUGUAUUAUUUAAAAAACAUACUAAUUAUAUGAAUGGUAAUCUUCUA